UGAGCCGGUGGGUGAGCGGCGGCCACGGCAUCCUGUGCUGUGGGGGCUACGAGGAAAGAUCUAAUUAUCAUGGACCUGCAACAGUUUCUUAUGUGCCUGUCCCUGUGCACAGCCUUUGCCUUGAGCAAGCCCACAGAAAAGAAGGACCGUGUACAUCAUGAGCCUCAGCUCAGUGACAAGGUUCAUAAUGAUGCUCAGAGUUUUGAUUAUGACCAUGAUGCCUUCCUGGGUGCUGAAGAAGCAAAGACCUUUGAUCAGCUGACACCAGAAGAGAGCAAGGAAAGGCUUGGAAAGACUGUAAGUAAAAUAGAUGACAACAAGGACGGGUUUGUCACUGUGGAUGAGCUCAAAGACUGGAUUAAAUUUGCACAAAAGUGCUGGAUUCACGAGGAUGUAGAGCGACAGUGGAAGGGGCAUGACCUCAAUGAGGACGGCCUCGUUUCCUGGGAGGAGUAUAAAAAUGUCACCUACGGCUGCGUUUUAGAUGAUCCAGACCCUGAUGAUGGAUUUAACUAUAAACAGAUGAUGGUUAGAGAUGAGCAGAGGUUUAAAAUGGCAGACAAGGAUGGAGACCUCAUUGCCACAAAGGAGGAGUUCACAGCUUUCCUGCACCCUGAGGAGUAUGACUACAUGAAAGAUAUAGUAUUGCAGGAAAUAAUGGAAGAUAUAGAUAAGAAUGCUAAUGGUUUCAUUGAUCUAGAAGAGUAUAUUGGUGACAUGUACAGCCAUGAUGGGAAUACUGAUGAGCCAGAAUGGGUAAAGACAGAGCGAGAGCAGUUUGUUGAGUUUCGGGAUAAGAACUGUGAUGGGAAGAUGGACAAGGAAGAGACCAAAGACUGGAUCCUUCCCUCAGACUAUGAUCAUGCAGAGGCAGAAGCCAGGCACCUGGUCUAUGAAUCAGACCAAAACAAGGAUGGCAAGCUUACCAAGGAGGAGAUUGUUGACAAGUAUGACUUAUUUGUUGGCAGCCAGGCCACAGAUUUUGGGGAGGCCUUAGUACGGCAUGAUGAGUUUUGAGCUGUGGAGGAACCCUCAUUUCCUCAAAAGUAAUUUAUUUUUACAGCUUCUGGUUUCACAUGAAAUUGUUUGCGCUACUGAGACUGUUAUUACAAACUUUUUAAGACAUGAAAAGGCAUAAUGAAAACCAUCCUGUCCCCAUGCCUCCUCCUCUCUGAGGGACUGGAGGGAAGCCGUGCUUCUGAGGAACAACUCUAAUUAGUACACUUGUGUUUGUAGAUUUACACUUUGUAUUAUGUAUUAACAUGGCGUGUUUAUUUUUGUAUUUUUCUCUGGUUGGGAGUAUGAUAUGAAGGAUCAAGAUCCUCAACUCAUACAUGUAGACAAACAUUAGCUCUUUACUCUUUUUCAACCCCUUAUAUGAUUUUAAUAAUUCUCACUUAACUAAUUUUGUAAGCCUGAGAUCAAUAAGAAAUGUUCAGGAGAGAGGAAAGGAAAAAAAUAUAUGCUCCACAAUUUAUAUUUAGAGAGAGAACACUUAGUCUUGCCUACCAAAAAAUCCAACAUUUCAUAGGUAGUAGGGGCCACAUACUACAUUCAGUUGCUAUAGGUCCAGCAACUGAACCUGCCAUUACCUGGGCAAGGAAAGAUCCCUUUGCUCUAGGAAAGCUUGGCCCAAAUUAAUUUUCUUCUUUUUCCCCCUGUAGGACAGACUGUUGCCUAAUUUUGUCAAGCACAGCUGUGGUGGGAAGAGUUAGGGCCAGUGUCUUGAAAAUCAAUCAAGUAGUGAAUGUGAUCUCUUUACAGAGCUAUAGAUAGAAACAGCUGGAAAACUAAAGGAAAAAUACAAGUGUUUUCAGGGCAUAUAUUUUUUUCUGGGUGUGCAUCUGUUGAAAUGCUCACGACUUAAUUAUUUGCCUGUUGAAAUCACUGUAAAUACCCCCAUCCGGUUCCUCUUCUUCCCAGGUGUGCCAAGGAAUUAAUCUUGGUUUUACUACAAUUAAAAUUCACUGCU